AACUUACGGCGCCUUCCAUUCAUCAUUUGUUAAACAUAAUGUUGUCCGCCGAAAAUAUCUAUCCAAAUUCGUUGGGGCCAUCGUCGUUGCCAAAGUCAAGACCAACGUCACCAACAUUAUCAACCAAAUCCAUGGAUCUCUUGCCGGUUGUUGAGAAUAAACGAAAAUUUAGCUUAAACGUUGCACUGCAAUCGUCAUCACUAUUGGGUGAAAUGAAUUCAUUGUCGGCUCGUCGACGUUUCAGCACAGUCAGCGAUGUCACACGAAAAUUGUCCAGCACCAUUGGAUGGAAAUUACCGGUAAUAAUACCAACCCAAGAUCUGGUCACACAAGGAAAAUGUUUAUGUGGUCAAUACAUUCGGAAUCGAUUAAAACGAUCCGGUUUGUUUACAAAAAAAUUAGGCUUACAACGACUUCGGAGUAUUGUUGGCACACCGUCAGCACACAUUGUACGCGAAGUAUUUCCGGCUUUAAAUCAUGUUGGCGAAGAAUUGGAACGAAUGCACCCUACGCUUUAUACAAAUGUCACAAGACAAAUCACACGACCGUCAAGCAGUGAUUUACAAAGCAGCGACACAGCACCAGCGAUCUUAAGUGCUGUUGCUCGCGAUCUUUUUCGCACCGACAUAUCAUGGGGAAAGGUCAUAUCACUCUUUGCGAUUGUAUCGGCGCUGGCGGUUGAUUGUGUUAAGCAGGACCAUCCCGAAUACCUACCAAAAUUGGUUGAAGGUGUAGGCGAUGUUAUUGAGGAUGAAUUGGCCACAUGGAUCAACGAAAAUGGUGGUUGGGGCGGUUUAAUAACACACACAAAUCCGGAGAAGACAAAUGUUUCGUAUAUGGAAUGUGCUGCAUUAAUUUUUGGCUGUAUAUUUGGAAUAAUUAUCUUGUAUUUUAUAUUACGAUUUCUUGGCUAUCAAAUUAUUUCGUGUUUGAUUUGGGUACGAUAAUGUUAUGAGUUUGUAGUUUGUAGCCAAAGAAAAAAAUGAGAAUAAUAAUGAAAUCAUUGCUUCCAAUCGAAAAUACAAUGACUUAUUUGAACUUGUGUCGAAUUGUGAUAAAUCAGCCAAUAAAUGUCCGUUUGAAUGAUGAUCAAACUGAAAUUGAUUUAUUUUACAUUGAGCUGUCUUGUUGAGACACUUAAUCUCGUGCACACUCAUUUCACUGCUGUUAAUCAUAUAAUGACGAGAAGAAGACAGAAAAAGAAAGCAUAUAGAAACGAAACGUGAUAAUUAUUGAGUAAUCAAUUGGAGGCAGUUGAAUCCAAAGUGCAAAUUUGAGAUGCUUUCGUUUGAGCCAAAUGGGCAUAAAAUACGGAAAAACGAUGCAUAAGCGAGAAAUGUGUGUAUGUGUUUUUUUUAUUUAUAUAUGUGCAUCGAUGUAUGCCGCAUUCAUCCAGCAUGUUUCGAUUGUCAAUUUUGCACGACAACACAUUUAAAUGAAGAAAUAUCCCGGGCGGCUUUUUCGUAUCGAAACGUGAUCAUGAUUCGGUUUUUUUUCUAUUCUUCUUAAAUGAAUAAUCGCACGAUUUGAAGCGCAUGUGCUUUGCUAAGCAUUGUGAUAAAUUCUUUGGCAUCAAAUUGUUUUUAUAUUAAAUACAUUUAGACGGAAAAAUAUGAGACACCAACAAAAAAAAAUAUAGAUGUUUAAUAAUGUAUUUUGUAAAUGAGUGUUGGUGUUAUAGUAUUGGAUUUUACAGCAUCAACAGUUGUUUUAUUUGUGUUCGCAUCGUGUGCCGUAUGUCAAAUAUUUGAAAAGAGAAAAAAGCAGGAGCGCCACACAGAGAAAGAGGUUUAAAGAGAGAGAGAGAGAGAGAGAGAGAGAGAGAAGAAAAAAACAGACAGAAAAACAGCAUACAAAUAUGCUACAAAUUGAAUACAACCGAGAAUCGUGUGCGGCUUAAAGUGUAUACACUCGAAGUCGAUAGACGACAUUAUUUUCGCUCAUUAUUCAUUCGUCACAUUGCUUCACAUUAUUAUUAUAUUUUUUGACUUUAAACAUAAUAAUUAGACAGAUAAGAAGGGAUCCAGAGCGCUCGUGUGUGAUUAGACGAAAUGCGAAAGAGGUAGCUCUCAGUUAUUUUAAAUUAAAAUACAUUCAUCUCAUUACAACGGCACGACUCAACGCCGGAGACACAGAGCCGAGUGACAGAGACAGAGCAAACAAAAGAUAUUAUAAUACACCGAAAAAAAAGACAAGCAGCAGCAGCAGCAGCAGCAUACAGACACACACACACACAUCGUCCAAAUUGACAAUGCAAAUGAAUUAAUCUCGCUCAGAUCACACACUCUGCCGAAUGUGCGGAAUAAAUAGAAUCGUCACUCUCAUCUUUCUGUGUGUACGGCAUAUGUUAUAGUUUAGUAUAUUAUUUUCAUUUGAAAAUUAUUUUGUGUUGUUUUGCAUGCUGCCACUGGAACAAAAUACCGAAAACAAUGACGAUACACAACAAUUCGAUUCAUCGGACGAAUUGUUGCCGUGGAAGAAAGUGAACAGUUUUAGUUUUAUUCAAAAUAAUCGUGAGCAAUUAGUGACAAUCCAGGUAAUUUUUGAUAUUGUGUAUUUCUUUCAUUAUGAUUAUUGUUGUUGCUUUCAUUUUCAUACAAAUUUCGUUCGUUUGAAUUCGAUAAGUUGUAAUUAUUCCGUUGAUCAUCGUCGUAUGCAUAAUUUGUGUGUAUGUGUGGUGUCGAGUAUGCGUGAAUAUGACUAAUGGAUUGGUGUUGCGGUGGGGAGGAAAAGUGUAUCAAUCACUUGCGCAUAUAUUGUACAGAAGCGUUUGAUUUUUUUUUUAAAUAUUGAACGUUUUUAUUAUCGGCUUUAAAUUGCAAUCUGAUUCCAAGAGAUAUAUCGAAUGACACUCAUAAUUAUUCGAACGAAGUGGAUAAUUAACUGACAUAAAUGACAAAGAGUGAGACGCACGAAAUGAUAACAACAACAAAUUGCAAUGGGAAAAGCUUGCUUUCCGUAAUUUUUGCCAAGAUCAACAUCGAUUAAUUCAAUCAAUUAAUCAGCGAUGGCAAAAGUGAUACAAGCAAAUCAAAUUAAGUUGCACUGAAAUUUUAACGGCAAUUCCAAGACUAUUGAUUAUAUCGUUAAAUUUUAGUGAGGCUUAAGUGUGUCCGAUUCGCACUCGCAGAUUAUUCCUAAUUAUAGUGUAAAAAUGCUUUGCUUUCCUUUAAACGUUUACAAUAGUGC